GGGUGGUUAGGCGUCCGAGGCUGACGGGCUCGAGCGCGCGCCGGCAGCCCAAGUCACUGGGGAAGUAGAGGAGCAUCCGACGCCGACUCGCGCGCGCCGCCCCGCGGCCGGCGGCGCGCGCGAGGGCGGAGGUGGUCCGUGCGUGUGAGCGCGUGUGUGUGCGCGCGCGUGUGUGUGUUUGGAGCACCGGUGCCGAGGGCCAAUCGUCAGUCCCUGGGUGCGAGUCCCCUGCUGUCUUCCACACCCUCCCUCCUUCCUUACGUCCCUCCCACAGCCCCACGGUCGCGCACGCAGCGACGGCCCCGGGAAACAGGUGUGGGGGGCGUGCGGGGUCGCUCGAGACAAAGGGGGCACGGGGGUGAGCCCGCCAUGGCCUCCCGGAGCCUGGGGGGCCUGAGCGGGAGCCGCGGCAGUGGCGGCGCCGGCAAGAAGAGCCUGAGCGCCCGCAAUGCUGCGGUGGAGAGGAGGAACCUGAUCACAGUGUGCAGGUUUUCUGUGAAGACCCUCAUUGAUCGUUCUUGCUUUGAAACAAUUGAUGAUUCUUCUCCUGAAUUUAACAAUUUUGCAGCUAUUUUGGAACAGAUUCUAAGUCACCGGCUAAAAGGUCAAGUAACCUGGUUUGGUUAUGAAAGUCCUCGUAGCUUCUGGGACUAUAUCAGAGUGGCUUGCCGGAAAGUUUCACAGAAUUGUAUCUGCAGCAUUGAAAAUAUGGAAAAUGUCAGUUCCUCUAGAGCUAAGGUCAACUCAGUACUUUAUGGAGCAUACCGAGAAGGGCAGAGUGGAAGUCUAGUUCAGGAGUACAACUGGAAUCUAAAAGAAGAGAUAAUCACAGAAGGUAGAGCCUGGAUCAGAGUAGCACUUAUGGAAAAACACUUAUCUGAAUACAUCUCUACAGCUCUGAGAGACUUCAAAACAACCAGGAGAUUUUAUGAAGAUGGAGCAAUUGUCUUGGGUGAAGAAGCAAAUAUGCUUGCUGGCAUGCUGCUUGGACUCAAUGCUAUUGAUUUCAGCUUCUGCCUUAAAGGACAGGGAUUGGAUGGCAACUUUCCUGCUGUAAUAGACUAUACACCAUAUUUGAAGUUUACACAAAGCUCUGAUAGUAUCAGCAGUGAUGAGGAAGAACUCAGGACUCUGGGCAGCAGUGGCAGCUCAGGAAGCAGCACUCCAGAGAAGGUGGGGCCUCCCUUCAUCAUGGAUGAGAACAGCUGGUUCAACAAGUGUAAGAGAGUGAGACAUAAGUAUCAGCUAACCCUGGAACAGAAGGGGUAUCUUGAAGAACUCUUACGACUUCGAGAGAAUGAACUGUCUAAAUCUGUCUCCCAGAAUAAACUACUACUUCAAAGGAUUGAAGAUUCUGAACUGGCCCAUAAAUUAGAGAAGGAGCAAUUAGAGUAUAUAAUUGUGGAGCUUCAAGAUCAGCUGACUGUGCUAAAGAAUAAUGAUUUAAGAUCAAGACAAGAGUUAACUGCCCAUCUCACCAACCAGUGGCCUUCCCCAGGAGCUCUGGAUGUCAAUGCUGUUGCCUUGGAUACGUUGCUUUACCGAAAACACAAUAAACAGUGGUAUGAGAAGAGUUAUCAUAGUCUUGACCAGUUGUCAGCAGAAGUUAGCCUUUCUCAGACUUCACUGGAUCCAGCUCAGUCACAAGAAGGAGAAGGAAAACAAGACCCAUUGAAUUUAAUCAAUGAAGGUAAAGAAGACACUCCCUCAUUACUUGGUCUCUGUGGGUCUCUUACAUCAGUGGCAAGUUACAAAUCUCUAACAAGCCUAAAAUCUAAUGACUACCUUGCAAGUCCUACAACUGAGAUGACAAGUCCAGGCCUAACUCCAUCCUGAAAACCUUUAUGUGAAAGCCGAAAGUUUCUAUAUUGUAAAUGUUAAAUUUAUGUAAGUUUAACUGCCAGAGAGACCUUUGAAAUUUUCUAUUGUUCUGGUACAUGUAUGGAAUUCUGCUUAGAAAGUUCAGUACUCUGUGUAAACUUACAAGGGGAAAAAUAAUGGUCCUGACAUUUUUCAUUUUAAAAAACCCUUAUAUUUGUCAUUGAGAAAGUUUAAAUUUGAAUAGGCUUUAAAAAACUUGCAAAGAUUCUCCAAAUUAAUGAUUCAUUCAUAUUGUACAGUUAAUAUUCAGCUGAUUUUUAUAUAUUUCUUUAAAUAUAUCUUAGUGGCCAGAGACUGAGGUCAAGGUUUUAUUGGAGAGACUUAAGUAUUUUCUUUCACUCCUUUAUUCAAUGGUCAAAUUUUCAAAAUAAGACAACCAAAUUCACUUUUUCAUUAAUUUCUAACAUGUAAAUGCCAUAUAUUUAAUAUUAGAGGAAGGUUCUGGGCUAUAGUUUCACAGUGGGUUUUUAGCUUUUUGUUUGGUUGUUGUUGUUUUUUUUUUUUUUUUUUUUUUGGCUGUGCUGGGAUUGAACCCAGGGCCCUGUGCAUGCUCUAUAGAGAAGUGCUCAACCCUGGGCUAUUCCCUAGCCUCUUGUUUUUUCUUCAACAUUUAUUAUUUGGUACUCACUAAACAUUCCAUUUAACAUUUUAUAAAUUUUCUAGGAAUGUGCCUUUUUUGGCAGUCACUGAUUGACUUUAUAUGGAUCAUAGGGAAAUUAUAUUAUAUAUAGAGAAAAUGAAUAAAUUUCUUAUCUUUGUUUUCCCAAGAUUUUCAUUAAAGGUUGUCAAUUUUAAAAUGUGAUCAGGUAUGCCUGAAAAGUUGGAAACGUUUCCAGAUGUAGAAGGAAUGCUGGAAAAAGUUAUAUCAGGAAUGAUUUCAAGUUCAGUUAAAACUUUGAGAAACUUAAACAAGGAUCACUAGCAUAACCACCAUACUUAACAAUAAAUAAAUGUCUAACAUAUAGUACUAUUUUUUUCUCCCUUACAUGCAACAAUGGUGUCAUGCGUGUUUUACAAACUCUGUCAUCAUGCCAUAAUCUCAUCUUUAAAAUGAUGUUAAUAUUAAAAAGGUCCCUACACUUUUACAAGUAAAUUAGUUUUUUUAUAAUCCAUAUUUUAAAUCUUUUGCAACUUUUAAAACAGCUACAUUUGUCCCUUAAAUUUCCACCAUAUGGAAAAUGAAAAUAUAUGAAACAUAUUUUCUAUAGUAAGAAAACAAGGAAUACAUGAUUAGCUGUGCCAAAGAAGUUUUAUACAUUGUUUACAUGAAAAGGCCACAAUAUUUAUCUGGAAUGUCAUAUGGUAUUUUUGUUUAUUAUUAAAACAUUACAUUAAAACAAAGUAGCUUUGACAUAUAGGAAAAGUAUUCCUCCUAAAACAAUUUUUUUAGAAGUGAACUUAUCUGUUCAUUCUUUGUAUUAGAAAUGUAGGAGUCUGAUGGUUCUCUGCAAUAUUUAGAGCUUAGUUUCAUAAUUUGGAAUAUAAAAUAAUCAGUAGUAACAAGGCCAGUCUUAUAUGUGAGACAAUUCAAACAAUGCCAUUGCAGGGACAAAGGAGACCUGGAAACUUUUAAAAUAAGAUAUCUUAAGUGUGCCAGAAUAUGCUCAGAGCUUCAUUCCUUUAGCUUAAGGCUUUAAUAUUUGUAGAAAUGCAAAUGUUCUUCUUGAGAAAUGAUACCUUUAAUCUAUUCUUAAUUCUGUAUCCCCUUGACCUAGAGUGAAGUAUCCAAAGUAGUUUUUAAUAAGCAUGAGGGAAGGAAGGGGAAUAUACAAAAUAAAGACAUUUGACACCUUGGAAGUAUGGACUGAAGAAAUGAAUGAGGAGGGAACCUUGGAAAUUUUAGACUGGCCUUGAGCACUAUUGCUGCUUUCCUAAGAACUGUCAGAAUAUUUAAAUGCUUUUUCAUUCAUGGUUCACUCUCAGCUGACACAUAGGAUCCUUCAGUAAUUAAAAAAUAUCAUUAAUUUUUUUCCAUUCAUUUUUAAAAUGUAGAAGGAAAUUCAUGAUUCCACAAUUGGUAUAACUUUUCAGAUUUGUCUAAUGGGAACAGUAAUUUGUGCAUCUUAACAUGCUGCUAAAUGCAGAUUUAAACAUGACAUCUGAGGAUCAGGACUUUUUCUCCUUUCUUGGAGCUCUUGGAAUUCAUCAGCUACUGUGAAAUUCAGGUUUUUACAGUUCAUUUCACACUAGAGGUAGUUUGUAAAUGUUUGCAUGAAGAACAAUGGAUGUCUUAAUCUUUAAGUGGUAGUGUUUAUUUUUAACAACCCCUCCUCAAAAGAAUGCUGAACUAUAUGUUAAUAUUUCCAUGUGUAUUUUGUUGCCUUGAUGUACUAUACUUGUUGCAUGUAUAUUAAAGAUUUUGUACCAUGCAUUAAUAGACUUUUUUUCUUGACUAGAAGGCACCAGAUUAAAGUUGU